AUGGCAGCCAGUCAACAACAGCAAGUCAACUUCUACCAGUCUGUCCAGCAGGCCAAAGAUGGUCUCGACCAAUGUUCAUUCUCUUCCUCGACAUCCAGCUCACCCGGGCUCGCAUCUUCGGCCAGCUCCCGGGCCAGUAUUACCGGCGUCGACACACCCUCAUCACCCUAUACGCCAUCAAGUGUUGCCGACUCCUUUGUGUUUGCCUUUGACAUUGACGGCGUACUUGUGCGCGGCGGCAAAGCUAUCCCGGAAGCUAUCCAAGCCAUGAGGGUUCUCAACGGCGAGAACGAAUAUGGCAUUCAUGUACCUCACAUCUUCCUCACCAACGGUGGGGGCAAGACGGAAGAGGAACGCUGCCGUGACCUCUCGAACCAGCUGCUGCAGGACAUCAAGCCCGGGCAAUUCAUCUGCGGGCACACCCCCAUGAGGGAAAUGGCCGAAAAGUACAACACGGUGCUGGUGAUUGGCGGCGAGGGCGAGAAAUGCCGCCAGGUGGCCGAGGGCUACGGAUUCAAGGACGUGGUGACGCCCGGCGACAUCAUCAAGCACGACGCCGCCACGACGCCGUUCCGCAAACUCACGGCCGAGGAGCACGCCAACUCGCGGGUCCGGGACUUUGACGAGGUCACCAUUGACGCCGUGUUCGUCUUUGCCGACUCGCGCGACUGGGCGGGCGACAUCCAGAUCAUGCUCGACCUGGCCAUGUCCAGGGGCGGACGCCUGGCCACGCGGAGCGAGACGUUUGACCAAGGCCCCCCGUUCUACUUUUCCCACAACGACGUCGUCUGGUCGGCGGCCCACGAGCACGUGCGCCUGGGCAUGGGGGCCCUCCGCCGCAUGUUCGAGGUGACGUUUGACGACCUGACCAAGGGCAAGGGCAAGCUGAGGACGCACGCGUUUGGCAAGCCCCAGGUGCCCACGUUUGAGUUUGCCUCGCGCCUCAUGAGGCAGUGGCGCCAGCGCGAGCACGGCAUCUCCGAGGCCCCCGCGACGGUGUACUUUGUGGGAGACACGCCCGAGAGCGACAUUCGCGGCACCAACGCCGUGGACCAAAAGGCCGACAACGAGUGGUACAGCAUCCUGGUCAAGACGGGCGUGUACCAAGAGGGCACCGAGCCGGCCUACAAGCCGCGGGCCACGGUCGACACGGUCCUCGACGCCGUCAACCACGGCAUCCGGCGCGAGAUGCAGCUGAGGCACUCUUGGUCGCUGAAGCAGGGGCUUGAGCAGGCUGCCAAGGAAGCUGCCAUGCUCGAGUCUAGCUGA